AUGCAUACUGAUCUAUCUCCUCAUCUGCAUACAUCGGAGUGCAAUAACUUGAUUGAACAACUAAAUAAUUGUCAUAUUGAGAAUACGUUUUCAAAAUUUCUUGGUGUCUGUAACGAUAUUGAUAACCAGUUGGUGAGGUGUUUAAAACGUGAACGUCAAGCACGUGCUGCAGCCAAUCGCGUCAAAGCGGCCGAACGACAAGCUCGCUUAAAGGAGCGUCUAGUGUCCUCAUAA